AUGUUCCAAAUCCGCGAUGCGGGGUCAGCCAGCGAAGACGCUGAUUUCAUCACUGCAGCCUUUGACUCUUCUUUGCCAUUUCUCUCCGAGACCGGCAACACUGGUCAAUGGGGAACAAUUCCGUUCUCUCAAAGAGAUGGCUUCUUAGAAGGCACCCGGGACGAUAUCACACAAUCAGAGAUCUUCCGACUCAGUAGCCAAGGUCAACGGCGACGAGUUUUCAUCGCAGAGAUUGAGGAAACACCCUCUAGUGAAAAUGUCGUGGAUCUUUACCGCCGGAAAGAUGAUCAAACGGGCCAAACCUUUGUCUCCGUGGGCGCUGCGAUGAUUCUCGACGACGAAUUUGCAAGUCACAUACGUUCUGUUCCUGUCCUGGAGCCCUAUAUACCCACUGCCGAGAAACGUGGUGGCUUUGUGUUUCUGGACUUUCUUAUCGCAGACCAUCGCGUACCAUCAGCUCAGCGUAAAGGUGCUGGGCUGGCACUGCUAGAGCAUGUCAAAGCCUACGCGUGUCAACAUGAGAAGCUAGCCAUUUUCCUCGACUGCUGGACAGGAGGUACAGACAAGCUAGUCGCGUACUACGAAAGCGCUGGCUUCAGUCCGGUGGCAGACUUUGAGUAUCAUAAGAGAAAUGGGGAUGUAUGGCCUGGUAGGCUAUUUCGACUUGAUUUGGCACCUACACUAGCUUGA